AUGCGGCCGCAGCGGGAAUAUCAUAUCGUCGUUCUAGGCGCUGGAGGUGUGGGCAAGAGCUGUCUUACUGCUCAAUUCGUACAGAAUGUUUGGAUCGAGAGCUACGACCCGACAAUUGAAGACUCCUAUCGAAAGCAGAUUGAGGUGGAUGGUCGGCAAUGCAUCCUGGAAAUAUUGGAUACUGCAGGCACAGAACAGUUCACGGCAAUGAGAGAGUUGUACAUGAAACAAGGCCAAGGAUUUCUGCUCGUAUUCUCGAUUACGAGCAUGUCCUCGCUGAACGAGCUAUCCGAGCUACGAGAGCAAAUCAUCCGCAUCAAAGAGGACGAGAAAGUCCCCAUUGUCAUUGUCGGCAACAAGUCCGACCUCGAAGAGGACCGCGCCGUGCCGCGCGCUCGCGCCUUCGCCCUCUCCCAGACCUGGGGCAACGCCCCGUACUAUGAGACAUCGGCCCGUCGUCGAGCCAACGUCAACGAGGUCUUCAUUGAUCUCUGCCGCCAGAUCAUCCGAAAGGACCUGCAAGGCAACUCGAAGAGCUCCGAUUCGGACCGUAAACGGGACAACGCCAAUCGGCAGGACCGGCGAAAGGAGAAGAAGCGUCAAACCCGGCGCAAGGGUCCUUGCGUGAUUCUAUAA